AAGUUUGGUAUCGUAAGGAUCAACACCAAAUUGUGAUUAUAUCCCGAAACACAAGCUGAAUAUAACCUAUUCACCAUGUCCAGUCUUGAUGAUUUCUUUGCCAAAAAGGACAAAAAGGUUAAAAAAAACUCAAAUUACUUGGCCACCGAUGAGCUGUACAAAACACUGGAGGAAUCGGCCAAGCUGGCCACCGAGGUCGACACCGACGCUCUUGGCGAGGGUCCAUCAGGAUCGGGAUCGGGAACUGGAACUGGGAAUCUGAAGCCCUUGGAGUUCGGCAUUCGCUUCUCAGGCGAUUCUGCAGAAGACGAGGAUGAAUGGUGCGAUUUCACGGAGGAAAUGCGAAUGCAGUAUACCAGCGAUCGUCGUGGCAUCCAAACGAGUCUUAGUUCCAUGGUUUUGGGUCCAUUUUCCGGUGGCGGCGAGCACAAAGGUCCGGACUCCGAGCAGCGUGACACUGGCGGCGAUGGCAUAGACGUGGGUCAGGCAGAUGGUUCGUCGAAUCCGUUUUGUCCUUGGCAAAAGUUGGAGAUGCAACCUCAGGAGGUAGUGAAGGUCGAACAGAAGACUGUGGAGCAGCCGCAGAGGGAAGAACCUCCCGAGGUGAAAAGCCAAAUCUACAUUCCCCCGGCUCUGCGCCAGAGCCAAGGUGACUUCAAUCAACGCCACCAGGUGGAGAGCCGCCUGCCCAAAACUCACUCGAAGAUGCGGGGAAAGCCCCAAGCCCCCGAUCUCAACAGCCCCGAAUAUUUUCCCACUCUAAGUGGCUCCAAGGCUGGCAAGCGCACCAAGUAGUGGAGAUGCAAUGCUUCCAGUUAUCGUUGCUGUUCAAAUUUAAUUGAGAUCGUUUGUUCAGAAACCAAACCUCGCCCCAAAUAAAAACGAAAGCAGACCCCCUCUA